AAUCCCUUGAUAUUUCUAAAGAAUUAUUUCAAAGAUUUAUUCCGCAAAGGACCGUUCAUGGAAUCGCCGAGAUGACAGGAAUUGUAAUCAGAACCCAAAUCAUUCAUAUUUUAAUUCCCCAUCCCUAUAUUUUGACAGCCUCCUGCAUUCCUGUCACUUGUAAUCAAACCUUCAAAGAUGCACCGAGCGGAGAGAGAGACCUUGUGUCUAGAGAAGAGAGCAGUGUGAAGGAGUGAGCGCUGAAGAAGAGGAGAGGAGUGCGGUCCUGAAGAAGAGGAGACAACAGAGCUAGCGAGCUCUUAUCAAGCGUUUAAAAGCGUUAUUAAGAGCUACUCUGGAAAAAGGAAGAAGGAAAGUGAAGGAAAGAGAGCAAAAGAAGAUCGUUUGACUUAAUAUGACAUGAGAGAGGAUACCCGUUUCAUUUAUUUCUCACUGGGAUGCGGAUUUUUUUCCCCUUCUUGACAGCGUUCGUUUGCCCCGCAUCACUCGUAUCAUACGGAUAUCUACGGAGAAAAAAUUAAGAUGAAGUGGCCUUCGAAAGUAGUUUUUGACGGCGUUCCGCUCGCUAGGGUUUUAUUUUUUCUUUAAUCGUGUUCAACAGCGUUGCAUUGGGCACGAGGGAACAGCGGGAAUUGAUAGGGCACGCGCGCAGUGCUUAUAAAACAACAGCUGACCAUUAAAGCUCACAUCAAGCCAAAUAAAACACUACCAGAAGAAAUAACUCCAUUGAUUUUGAUGUACAGAAAAGCGGAGGCAUAAAAAGCGAGCUUUAAAACAGGUUGGCUCACCAGCGUUGCAUACGGUGGGUUUAGGUGACAAGUGGACGGGACUCUGAUGUGGAGUGCUGCUCCGGAGCUGAGUGCUCACUACUAGACCAGCAACUUCCUGCACCUCAAGAUGGAUUAGAGCUUCACGCCUCCGGAGAUCAAAGGUGGCUGUGUGAAGGGGGACCCCCAGGGCUGGACCCAUGAGGAGUCAAAGAAGAUGCUCGGAGCCUGGGCGCCUCUGCUCUUUUUAGCCAUGUGGGUGAGAAACGCCACCAGUGGCCCACUCUCAUUCAGAUUAGCUGCCAUUCUUGAUGACCCAAUGGAGUGUAGCCGCGGGGAGCGAUUGGCCAUCACUCUGGCGAAAGACAGCAUCAACCGUUCCAGCAACCGCUCCACCACAGGCAAACUAGAGGUGGACAUUUUUGAGCUGCUCCGAGACAGUGAAUACGAGACAGGGGAAACUAUGUGCCAGAUCAUGUCGAAGGGGGUUGUGGCGGUCCUGGGCCCCUCUGCCAGUCCGGCAUCUAACUCUAUCAUCAGUAAUAUCUGCGGUGAGAAAGAGGUGCCAUACGUGAAAGUGGCUCCGGAGGACAUACUGAAAGUACAGUUUCCUCGCUUUACCACACUGGACCUCAGGCCAACUAAUACAGACAUCAGCAUGGCUGUAGCUGGACUGCUAACGUUCUUCAACAGCAGCACUUCAUGUCUCAUAUGUGCUCAGGCCGAUUGCCUAUUAAACCUGGAGGUGUUACUGCGACAGUUUCUCAUCUCCAAGGAAACCCUUUCCGUUCGCAUGCUGGAUGACAGCCAAGAUCCCACCCCCCUUCUCAAGGAGAUCCGUGAUGACAAGACUGCCACCAUCAUAGUGGAUGCCAAUGCCACCAUGUCUCACGUUAUUUUGGAAAGGGCCUCGGAGUUGGGGAUGCUGUCAGUGUACUACACCUACAUCCUGACUUCAUUGGAAUUCUCUUUGCUACGAUUGGAUGAUUUAGCUGAUCAGCGAGUCAACAUCGUCGGGUUUUCAGUCUUCAACAGAACACAUCCUUUCUUUCAGGACUUCGUCCUCAGCCUCAAUCGAUCCUGGCAGGAGAAUUGUGAUCAUGCUCCUUUUGCAGGAACACCACUUUCGUCAGCGCUGCUGUUUGAUGCGGUACACACGGUGGUGGCAGCCGUGCAGGAGCUGAACCGUAGCCAGAACGUAGGAGCCACGCAGCUCUCCUGCAAGUCCUCUAAGAUCUGGGAGCACGGCACAAGUCUGAUGAACUACCUGAGGAUGGUAGAGUUGGAAGGUCUAACAGGCCACAUUGAGUUCAACAGCAAAGGCCAGCGCUCGAACUAUGCCCUCCGGAUCAUGCAGAACAGCAGGGAUGGCCUAAGGCAGAUCGGUCAGUGGCAUUCAGAGCAGGGACUGUCCAUGGAGAGGAAGCUUCCAUCACUUAACGUGACAGACACACUAUUCAACACCACUCUCACCAUAACUACCAUCCUGGAGAAUCCAUAUGUAAUGUUAAGAGCCAGUCACCAGGAACUAGAAGGGAAUGAGCGUUAUGAAGGCUUUUGCGUGGACAUGCUGAAGGAGUUGGCAGAUAUCCUGAAGUUCAAGUACCGUAUUCGGCUAGUUGGGGACGGCGUGUACGGAGUGUCAGGAACCAAUGGCACCUGGACAGGCAUGGUGGGAGAGCUCAUCAGCAGGAAGGCUGACUUGGCUGUGGCCGCCCUGACCAUCACGGCUGAAAGGGAGAAGGUCAUUGAUUUCUCCAAACCCUUCAUGACUCUGGGGAUCAGCAUCAUGUACCGAGUGCACAUAGGAAGAAGACCGGGAUAUUUCUCCUUUUUGGAUCCGUUCUCUCCUGGGGUUUGGCUUUUCAUGUUGCUGGCAUACCUGGCAGUCAGCUGCGUGCUCUUUUUGGUGGCAAGGCUAACACCUUAUGAAUGGUACAACCCUCACCCCUGCCUGAAGGGGCGCUGUAGCCUGCUCAUUAACCAGUAUUCUCUGGGCAACAGUUUCUGGUUUCCUGUGGGAGGUUUCAUGCAGCAAGGAUCCACUAUCGCCCCUAGAGCCCUGUCCACACGUUGCGUCAGUGGAGUAUGGUGGGCCUUCACCUUGAUCAUCAUCUCUUCCUACACAGCCAACUUGGCGGCCUUUCUCACUGUUCAGAGAAUGGAGGUGCCCAUCGAGUCCGUGGACGAUUUGGCUGACCAAACGUCCAUAGAAUACGGCACCAUGCACGGUGGAUCCACCAUGACAUUCUUCCAGAACUCUCGCUACCAGACGUACCAGCGCAUGUGGAACUUCAUGUACUCCAAGCAGCCCAGCGUGUUCGUGAAGAGCACUGAGGAGGGCAUCGCCAGAGUGCUCAACUCUAAUUAUGCCUACCUGCUGGAGAGCACCAUGAACGAGUACUACCGCCAGCGCAACUGCAACCUCACCCAGAUCGGAGGCCUGCUGGACACCAAGGGCUAUGGCAUUGGCAUGCCUCUGGGCACGGUCUACAGAGAUGAGUUUGACCUGGCCAUACUCAAGUUACAGGAGGAAAACCGCCUAGAAAUCCUGAAGAGGAAGUGGUGGGAUGGUGGCAAGUGUCCGAAAGAGGAGGAUCAUCGAGCAAAAGGUCUGGGCAUGGAGAACAUCGGUGGGAUCUUCGUGGUGCUUGUGUGUGGUCUUCUGGUGGCCAUCUUCAUGGCGGUGCUGGAGUUUGUAUGGAUGCUUCGUCAUACGCCAGGAACAGAGCUGUCCGUGUGCGAGGAGAUGCUACGAGAGCUGCAGGGCAUCGUGCUGUGUCAGGAGAGCCUGCAGUUACGGCGCAGACGCGGAGCUAGUGUGUUGCGACCGCAGCCUCUGCCCCUGGACGAGCGACGGGCGCGGGCAGCAGCAGCGAGCCUCAGCAAUGGCAAGCUGUGCACGGGCACCGGCCUGCCCGAACCCCUCUCCCACAGACUGGUGCAGGAGGCCGCCCUGGUGGCACGAGGGUGCAGUCACAUUCGCAUCUGCCCAGAGUGCCGGCGCUUCCAGGGCAUUCGAGUGCGCCCGGCUGGCCCUCCAUCGCCCAGCCCCAGCGAGGAGAGUAUAGAGUGGGAGAAGGGCACCAACAACAGUGAACACGAAUAACCUCUAUGAUCUGCGUCAGAUAGACGGUAAACAACGCCUUUACUGGACCCAGAGAUAAUGGGAACGUAGACUCCGGAGAAGGAGCUAAAGAAGAAGCUGUCCAUGCUGCUCGAUUCAGCCCAGGAGCUGCGUCUGGUUUCUGUACACUGUCUUUACGGCCCUCUGCUUUUGGGGGACACAGCAGAGGGGCUUUGUACUAUGCAGUAUAUUUGUCUAAAUGUGCUGUUGAUUUAUUUUUAAAUUAUUCCUCUUUUGUUGUGAUACCAGUAUAUUGCUAUUAUCUCCUUCUCACGACACCCGUUUAGUUUCGUUUCUGAGUGCCAAAAUACUCUGCAUUCAUUUUGUGCUGUUGCCAUCUCAUUCCAGCCCCUGAAGGAGUAACUAUUUUUAUUAAUAGUUAUAUUCUAUUAAAGGUUUUGGGGAUGUUUCUGAAUGUUUGGUGUGCAUGUAUGAGGGUUUUAGAUGCUACUGAAUGGAGAAGAACAUGAUAAAAAAAAAAUUAUUUUACUUUAUAAAUUUUUUGGUUAAAGAAAUACUUUGUAUUCUUUUAAUUUGUUUGAGUUUUAAUUCAUUUUGUUGCACUACUGGGAUAUGAAAACUGCACACAGUUGUGGGGGAAAUGGAAGAUUAUGCUCCCAUUUAGGAAAUUCGCAUUGGGAAACUAACUUGUAUUUCUAUAUUGACCCCUAAUUUUGCCAUUCCAGCAGGGCGCUUGGAGAUACCAGAUGUGUUCACUUUCAAAACAGAUGUCAGGAAAGUGAGAUCUGAGGUCAUUUUGUUCCUGUCAAUGUCUUACAUUUUUCUGUACCACUCAAUACAUGAUGAAAUCCACUACUGACAGGGUCGCUCCAUCUAGACAUAUCUGUGUGUUGACACAUUGGAGAUCGUAGGACUAUAUAGUUUCAGGUAUUUCUUUAUAUUGCAUAACAUCUCAUAAUGUUUAAAGUUUAAUGUUUUUUUCCUUGUUUGAAACCAGAAACAUGUAUUUGUUUAUGUGACAUCUUGGAUUCAUGGAUUCUGUUUUUUUUUAAAAAGGAAAAAAAAAAGACAUCUGGUGAACACUCUUUUAAAACUGGAUUCAACCAAUCAGUUUUUCAAUGUAUCACAGCUGAUGCAGAAUUUGGAUACCAAAAUGAAAUUAUUUUAUUAGGCAUGAUGUUACCCUCAACUUGCAGUGCCAAACUGUAAUAAAUUGCCUUCACAUUUUGGAGAGCCAUUAGAGGUUCGUUGCUACUCCUGUUGAUUUUUUUUUUCUGCGCAUUUCUAUUGAACUGAAUCCAUUUCUACAUGAUAUUUCAAUACAGUGUUGGUGCCUGACGAAAAUAAAUGGCAUUGUGUUCA